GGGGUGAUCCGAUCCCCUUCGACACUGACAUGGACGAGUGGGAAGCCGCUCAGAUGUACCUGCUCGGCGCUCAGCCACCUCUCGCUCGGGCAGGGUUCGUGCGAUAUUCAUGGUUCGAGGACCAUUUUUGGAUCCAGGCACCUACUACCCAGGAGGAUGAGGAGCAGUACGCCCGGGGCUUUAUCAUGUUCUUGCUGGGGACCACUCUGUUUGCCGACCGGGCUAACACCAUGGCCCUCUACUUGCUGAGCGCACUAGUGGAUAUGACACAGAUCCACCGCUAUGACUGGGGUGGCGCAGGCUUGGCUACUCUCUAUGGCUACAUGAGUUCAUCCUUCCGCCUCAGCGGACAGUUGCUCGGAGGCUACUGGCGAGCUUGGGAGUUGUGGGUGUAUGCCUACUUUCCAAGGCUUGCCCCAGUGCCAGACGAGGAGAUUCCCCUUGGUGUGCCGUUCUCUCAUCGCUUCGACGUGAGGUGCGAGCGGAGACCACGGGAGUCCCUCAUUUUCUUCCGUCACCACUUCGAUACCAUCACCGCAGCCGAGAUCACCUGGCAGCUAUGGGCCUCAUUGCCCAUCGCAGUACGGGAGCGGUAUGAGGGCGCUCAGGAGACCACCCAGUUCAGAAUUUUGCUAGAGGGCCCGGUCUGUCGGGCCUGGUACCUGGGUGAGCGCUUCUUGCGACAGACCUUAGGCGUGCCAGAGCAGACAGUUCCGCAGUUGCCUCCUACGACCAUGAGGCGGACAGAGAUAUUCACUCCACAGGAGAUGGUCGUUUAUACGAUCGGUUGGGACUCGGAGGGCUUUAGAGGCGAGGGCGACUAUGCAGAGUACAUCAAGACCUAUAUCAUACGGCCUCUGGGUAGUGCUCGCCGAGCUGAGAGGGAGAGGCCUGCGGCGCCAGCGGUUGGAGCAGGAGCAGGAGCACCGAGGAUGGCUCGGGCCCGUGGUAGGAGUGGGCCCCGGAGAAGGCAGAGAGUUGGGUGGCUAGCACUGCCUACGAUGAUGACAUGCAAAGGGCAGGGUGGGAAGACUUAUCAGAUCCCCAUCGCUCCCCCUCCGGCUGAUCAUGAGUUAGUCGGGUUCUACGACUUGCCCCCGGCUUCCUUCGAGUAUACUCGCCAGUCCCUGGAGUUGACUGCCUCCGUGAUGGGGAUGCUACAGCGGAGCCUCGACCUGCUGGUUAUCUACAGUAUCCCGCCCCCAUUCCAGAUUUCGGCUGCAGGGGGGACUCUAGCAGGACCAUCUGUAUCUGCCCGAGGAGGAGGGAGAGCAGGGCGAGGGACCACAGUACACCCCUGCACCAAGGCGGGGCGCACUCACGUUGGGAGCAGUUCACGGGCACUGAUUCCGGACGACGAUGAGUCCGAGAUAGAGGCAGAGGCAGAGGCAGAGUCAGAGUCAUCGGAGGAUGAGACUGGAGAUGAUUCGGGCUCGAGCUCAGAUGGUGGAGUCGGCGACGAUACUCCUGGACCUUCGUCCAGGAAGAGGACGAGGACAGACUCUCAUGCCUGAGACCAUUUUGUCAUUAAUCUAGACUUUUUGCUGCUUUUCUUCUUUUUCCUUGUCUUGUUCAGACUUUUUUGUUGCUUUUCCCUUCUUUUUGCUUUUCUUUUUGCUGGUAGAUUGAGCGCAUUGUACUGCCGUAGGCAGGUUUUGUUUUCUUCAAAACUUUGUACUUGAAAGGAUGAUGGAAUGAAACAAGCUUUUUC